AAUUAAUAAAAGGCAUUAAUUUUUGGGAAUCUACUAAUUAUAGAAUUUUUAAUGAACAACAAGAGAAAGUUUUAGUUCUUCGCUUAGUAUUCAGAGGGUUGGUCACCAUACAACACCCAACCACACCUUCCUGCAUACCUAAUUGUUUACAUAUCAAAGAGUGUGUCAUAGCUUUUAUUUAAUAUGAAUUAUGAGAAGAGGAUGCCUUCGAGGCCCCCAUCAGUCUACUCUCAUGUAACCAGCCGAUCCAGUGCCAAUUUGAGAAGUGGCACAAGUUUAAAGUCGCUGAAGAUACCUUGGUAUCAGAAACCACUAAUCCAAAAUGCUAUAUUCAUGGACGUUCAAAGAUCUGCCUUUUACACAGGCAUUUUCACUUUGUUGCUGGCACUAUUCACAGUGGUUACUAGUAUAUUUGAUAUCUAUUGCCAUAUAAUGGCUCUUCCUGGAUCAACACAUUACGGAUAUCAUGUAUUCUCAUAUGAAUUUGUUUAUGUUGGAAAUAAGCAUGUAAGGAAUGCUUUAGUGAUGUUUGCUGUGUUCUCAACGCUUCUUUCAUUCAUUGUGUUUGUUACAAGUAUAUUCCUUAUAAUUGGUGUUAGAAAGGAGCAUGAGAAGAAGAUGGUUCCCUGGUUGUAUACUUUCUUUGUGUUUUGUUUGUUCAGAGUCUUGGCGAAUCUGUUCUCUAAUAUAGUGAACGAUAACAUCUUCGCCUACAACCGUUUGAUGGUCACCUUCUGGCUCAUCUUCCUCGCAUUCUCGAUCUACGGUUGGAUUAUAGUCUACUCGUUCUACAUUGAGCUUUCCGAACUCACCAAGCUCGAGGAUCUGGCGCAUCUUCGGAUGGGCACUUUGCAGUCCCUGAAUGCAUCGACGGUCCCUUCCCUGGCGGGAUCUCGUCCGACGACACCCCACAGUACGGUGUCGACGAUGCCCGUGAGCUAAGCUCGAGGAUGACGCCCAUCGCCGGACCGUCGCGCUCCAUCUCAUUCUUCACCGAUACAGAUUUAAGCGUCGCGACGCCAUCCACAGCG